GGGGCUUUGGGAGACGGCAAGGGGCGGGGCCUGCGGGGAGUGGAGGAAUUAAAUAAAACUGGGCGGGCCUUAAGAAUUCAGAGUCCAGGACUUGGUGGGCGUGGCUUUGAGAAGCGUGGCCUAAGUGGGGGUGUGGUCUCUUGGCUGCGAGAGGAGCUGUUCUGAGUGGGCGGGUCCGUAAUGGGGCGGGUCCAGACGUGGAAAUGUUAGCCCUCUCCCUUCUGCCGGGUAGCAUGGGGCAUCGUACUCUAGCCUCCGUCCCUGCUCUGUGGGCCUCCAUCCCCUGUCCACGCACUGAGCUGCGUCUGGACCUGAUUCUGGCUUCUGGACAGUCUUUCCGGUGGAUGGAGCAAAGCCCUGCGCACUGGAGUGGCGUGCUGGCGGACCAGGUAUGGACACUGACCCAGACUGAGGAGCAGCUCUACUGCACUGUGUACCGAGGGGACAAGGGCCGGGCUGGCAAACCCACACUGGAAGAGCUAAAGGCCGUGCGACAGUACUUCCAGCUGGAUGUCAACCUAGCUCAACUGUACCACCAUUGGAGUUCCGUGGACCCCCACUUUCAAAAGGUGGCUCAGAAAUUCCAAGGUGUGCGACUCCUGCAACAGGACCCCAUUGAAUGCCUUUUCUCCUUCAUCUGUUCCUCCAACAACAACAUUGUCCGUAUCACUGGCAUGGUGGAGUGGCUCUGCCAGGCCUUCGGACCUCGGCUCAUCCAGCUUGAUGAUGUCACCUACUAUGGCUUCCCCAGCCUGCAGGCACUGGCUGGGCCGGAGGUGGAAGCUCAGCUCAGAAAGUUGGGCCUGGGGUACCGUGCCCGUUACGUGAGUGCCAGUGCCCGAGCCAUCCUGGAAGAACGGGGCGGACUUCCCUGGCUGCAGCAGCUGCGCAAGGCCCCCUACGAGGAGGCACACAAGGCCCUCUGCACCCUGCCAGGGGUAGGCACCAAGGUGGCCGACUGCAUCUGCUUGAUGGCCCUAGACAAGCCCCAGGCUGUGCCUGUGGACAUCCACAUGUGGCAGAUCGCCCAGCGUGACUACAGCUGGCACCCCACUACCACCCAGGCCAAAGGUCCGAGCCCCCAAGCCAACAAGGAACUGGGAAACUUUUUCCGGAGCCUGUGGGGACCUUAUGCUGGCUGGGCCCAAGCACCUCCCCACUGGAACAUCAUCCUCAUGAGACUGGGAGCCUUAACCUGCUCACCAUUGUUCCUCCAGCACCGGGUGCAGAGAAGCUGCUCACCAGUAGUCAUUGAAUUGAGUGUAACCCCUCUGAGCCUCAGUGUCUUCAUCUGUAAUAUGAAGCCAAUGAGAGUACUUCUCUCAGAGUGCUGGGGUGAGGAUCACUUGAGAAAAUGCAGGAACCCAGAGCUGUGGCAAGAGCAGCUCCUGUUCCACCCCCUGUCAGCCAGAAGUGAAAAGCCAGGGCCAGUCAGGCCAUUCAGGGCCACCAUGGGGCCUGGAAACAGGAAGCAGUGAUCAACUGACCAGAGGAAGUAGCACCCUGGACUCAGCCACCCCAGCCAUCCAGGCCCAGGAGUGAGGCCCUUCCCCACCCCUACCCCCGCCCCAACCCACCAGCUCAGGGACGAUUCCCUCUUUGCUCCUGCCCUGAGACUCACGUUCCCA